AUGCCUCUCAUUGCAGCGAAUCCGAAUGACCGUGUCAUCUUGGGAUUGAUGACCUUCGGUCCUGAUGCAUCGUCUGGAGCUCGCAUCACAGACCACAGUGAAUUCACAAAACAUCUUGACUACUUUCAAUCGAAGGGCUAUGACGAGAUCGAUACAGCUCGCAUGUACGUUGGUGGCAAGCAGGAGGGAUGGACGCGUGAUGCCAAGUGGAAGGACCGCGGCUUCACCCUUGCCACGAAGGUGUAUCCCUACAAGGCCGGAGUUCACGAGCCUGCGUCACUGAAGGAGCACUUUGGCACCUCAUUGAAAGAGUUGGGCACGGAUACCGUGGACAUCUUUUACCUGCACGCACCAGACAGGUCCGUGCCUUUCGAAAAGACCUUGGAGGCAGUGAAUGAGCUGCACAAGGAGGGAAAAUUUGUCCAGCUUGGUCUCAGCAACUAUGCUGCCUGGGAAGUUGCGGAGAUUUGGAAUAUUACGAAUGAGCGAGGAUGGGUAAAGCCAACAAUCUACCAGGCGAUGUACAACGCCAUUACUCGUGCCAUCGAACCUGAGCUCAUUCCGCUUUGCCGCAAGUACAAGAUCGAUAUCGUUGUCUAUAAUCCUCUUGCUGGUGGUCUGUUCUCUGGCAAGAUCAAGUCUGCAGACAUUAUUCCAGAUGAUGGUCGCUUUGGCAAGGAGGCCGACCGUGUUGGCAGCAUGUACCGAGAGCGCUACUUUAAGAAGGGCACUUUUGAUGCUCUCAAGAUUGUCGAGAACGCUGCGCAGAAGCACAACUUGACCCUGCUUGAGAUUGCGCUGAGAUGGAUAAUUCACCACUCAGACCUCAAGACCAGAGUGAAGGGCGGUAACGACGGUGUCAUCAUCGGCGUCAGCAGCUUCAGUCAGCUUCAAGGGAACCUUGCAGAUCUUGAGAAGGGCCCGUUGCCCGAUGAUGUUGUGCAGUCGCUGGAUGAAGCAUGGCUGGCCGCAAAGGCCACAGCACCGACUUAUUUCCGCUGA